AUGGUGUCAAAUGCCAUGAGAAAACAGAUAAUUAUUUCAAUAUUCUCUCGAAUUCUUUCUACCAUUUCUCGUCUUCAUAACCUAACAUUUCUCAAUCUCUCUGGAUCAGUUUUUGUAGGUGAAAUCCCAUCAGAAAUUACACAAUUGUCUAAACUUUCUAUUCUUGAUCUUUCCUUUCGUGGUGCUAAUGAUAUGAUCCUUGAACUUCAUGAUUUAAGUCUAGCAAAGUUGGUUCAAAACUUAACUUAUAUAACCCAUCUCCAUCUUGAUUAUGUUGAUAUAUCUUCUCAUGUUCCCCUAAUCUUGAGCAAUAUUACUUCCCUUGAAUCCAUCACCUUAGAUGGUUGUAAUCUACUUGGUGAUUUCCCUACAAGUCUAUUUCAAUUAUCAAAACUUGAAGUAGUUUCAUCCUGCUGUAAUCCCUAUCUCGGAGGAUUUUUUCCUGAAUUUCAUUCUAGUAGUCCUAUUCGUAUCUUAUCUUUCGAGAAAACACAAUUUGCAGGACCCCUUCCACCUUCGAUUGGAAACCUUGGUUCCUUGGAAGCCUUAGAUCUUUGGGCUUGUCAGUUUCAUGGAGAGCUUCCAUCUUCAUUAGGAAACUUGAGUAGGCUUACUAUUCUACAUCUUGGUCACAAUCAGUUCAGUGGUGAUCUCCCCUCUUCAAUCACAAAUCUAACAGGACUAACAGCCUUAACUCUAUCUCAUCUCAUGUCUGUCAAUCCUAGAACAUUAAGCAGUUGGAUGUUUAAGAUAAAGUCGCUCGAGAAAGUAGGCCUUAGCAACAUGAAUCUAGGCAAUGAGAUCCUACCUGCACUGGCAAAUCACACAGAUCUAGAUAUUUGGAUCUUAGUUAUAAUUAGAUAG